UCAUAAACAGACCUUGAGUUCCAUCAUGAUGCCUCACCCAGCAAGUGCACCUUUUGGCCACAAGAGAAUGAGACUUUUGGGUCCUCAAGCUUUUGAUAAAAAUGAAAUUAAUUCUUUACAGUCUAGUGAAGGACUUCUGGAAAAAAUAAUUAAACAAGCAAAGCAUAUUUUUCUAAGGAGCAGAACUGCUGCAACCAUUGACAGCUUAGCAAGCCGCAUUGAGGAUGCUCAGAUACAGGCCCAUUGGUCAAAUAUCAAUGAUGUUUAUGAGUCUAGUGUGAAAGUAUUGAUCACCUCACAAGUUUAUGAGCAAAUAUGCAAGUCCAUUCAGCUGCAGUUGAACAUUGGAGUUGAGCAGGUCCGAGUCGUUCACAGAGACGGAAGAGUGAUUACGCUAUCUCAUCAGGAGCAGGAGCUGCAGGAUUUUCUUUUGUCUCAGAUGUCACAGCAUCAGGUGCAUGCAGUGCAGCAGCUGGCCAAGGUUAUGGGCUGGCAGGUACUCAGCUUCAGCAAUCAUGUGGGACUUGGGCCCAUAGAGAGCAUUGGCAAUGCCUCCGCCAUAACAGUGGCCUCCCCGAGUGGAGACUAUGCUAUUUCAGUUCGUAAUGGACCUGAAAGUGGCAGCAAAAUUAUGGUUCAGUUUCCUCGUAACCAGUGUAAAGAUCUUCCAAAAAGCGAUGUUUUACAAGAUAACAAAUGGAGUCACCUUCGUGGACCCUUCAAAGAAGUCCAGUGGAAUAAGAUGGAAGGUCGGAACUUUGUUUAUAAGAUGGAGCUGCUUAUGUCUGCACUUAGUCCUUGUCUACUGUGAUCUUUUCCAGGACAGCUUCCAGAAACCUUGACUUGAGAUGUUUGCAGAUAAGUUAUAAGCACAAGGAAGGGAAAUCUUCCAAAGGUGUAUUUUUUUUUUUUUUACGAAAAUAAUAAAUGUUUAUCUAGCUGUUUGAAACCUUUCACUUUACAGGUAACAAGUACUUUGAAAUGCAUAAGUUUAAAUACAGUUGUAGGUAUAUAGUAGGGGAAGAUGUAAGAUAAUAUUUUUAUACAGUUAACCUGAAAAAUGUUAUUAAUUUGCUUUUUAAAAUGGCCCUUCUUUGAUGUUAACAUCAAAUAAAGUGUGUGUUUCAAAUCAACUGUUCAUUCUACUGUUUAUUUUUGUUGUUAUUUGUUUUCUUUGGCAGUAUUGAGGGUUUAAACUCAGGGCCUCAGGGGGCUGUA